AUGAACCUCAAGGGCCCCGAUGGAGGCUGUUCCAACACUACGUACCUCGGUGCCUCCGAGUUCUUCUACCGCCGUGAACGGAGAGCCAAACUGGACAAGAAGAAGCAGAAGGCAGGUGACAAGAAGCGCAAAGUCACUGAACAGCGAGAGGAGAAGGCCAAAAAGGCCAAAGACGGCGCCGACCUACUCAAGCGGAUUGAGGAGACCGAACUGGAAGACGAGGGCGAGUGUGGCUACCCGCCAGUGUUCGACGACUGCGACGAGAUCCGCAAGAAGAUCAGCGUCUUCCUGGGCGAGAAUAUCGUGACUCAAACCGCGUUCCUCAAAGCUCUGGGCAACGUGGCCAACAGCCUGCGCAGCUUCAUGAGCAUGAAGCGCGGCGCUGGCUCUGGUGCGGCCAAUGUGGUGUACCGCAAGGCCUACGUCUUCUUUGAGAAGAAGCGCAUCCUGGAGGGAGUCAAGAAGACCAAGAAGCGUCUCGAUAAUGAAGCCAAGCAGGGCUCGGAGGGCUUCGAAUUGCGCCACAACGACGGCAAGCGCUACACGUACUACCUCGUCUCGGAGCUGGAGGGUCAGUUGUAG